AUGUUGUCUGGACGACUGGCCAAAUGGCCUAUGAUUUUGUCAAAAUUUGAAAUCAACUUUGUCCCACAAAAAGCAAUAAAAGGGCAAGCAUUGGCAGAUUUUCUGGCAGCACACCCAAUUCCAGACGAUGUGGAGUUGCGAGAAGAUCUUCCAGACGAAGAAGUUUUCACGGUUGAUACUUCAUCAUGGCAAUUAUACUUUGAUGGGGCAGCAAAAAAUAGUGGAGCAGGUGCUGGAAUUGUCUUUGUGACACCAUCAGGAGGGCUGAUACCUUACUCUUUCCAUAUUCUAGCUAUAUGCACCAAUAAUGUAGCAGAAUACGAAGCGUUAGUUAUCGACCUCGAAGUUGCACUCGAAAUGAAAAUACAAUCAUUGGAAGUAUUUGGCGAUUCUCUCUUGGUCAUUAAACAAAUGAGUGGUGAAUUUGCAGUCAAGCACGAUAAUUUAAUCCCUUACCAUGAGAAGGCUAAAUAUUUGCUUGGUCAAUUUCAAGAUAUAACUCUAAACCAUAUCCCUAGAUCAAAAAAUGGUAAAGCUGAUGCGUUAGCUAAUUUAGUUGCUUUGCUAACACUUCCUGAAGAAAGGGAUAUCCAAAUUACCAUAGGGGGAGCGCUAUGUACUAUCCCAAUCCACGGAAAGAGUUGA